AUGGCGAAGCAAUCAGGUUUCGCCUCGGCGGCGGAGCUGCUCCCUUCGCUGGUGAAAUCGGCCCAGGCCCUGGCCCGCCCGCCCAUCUCCAACUACCACGUCGGCACCGUUGGGCUCGGAUCCACGGGCCGGAUCUUCUUCGGUGCCAACAUCGAGUUCCCGGGCCUCCCGCUCAACAACUCCAUCCACGCCGAGCAAUUCCUCGUCACCAACCUCUCCCUCAAUGCCGAGCCUUCCCUCCCCUGCUUCGCCGUCUCCGCCGCCCCCUGCGGCCACUGCCGCCAGUUCCUCCAGGAACUCCGCGCCGCCCCCGGCAUUCGGAUCCUCAUCACCGACGACAACAACAACAACGCCGAUGACAACAACCACCACCGCCUCCGCCGCCGGUACCAGGACCUCUCCACCAUCCUCCCCCACCGAUUCGGCCCCGACGAUCUCCUCUCCAAGGACGUCCCCCUGAUCCUCGAGCGGCACAACAACGAUCUCGCCCUCGUAAUUCCCCCUCUCGAGAACGGAAACCUAAAUGGCGGCGGUGGGAACCACGGCAAGGAGGAGGAUCUGAAAUUGGAGGCGCUGGAGGCGGCGAAUCGGUCCCACGCGCCGUACAGCAAGUGCCCGUCGGGAGUGGCGCUGAUGGACUGCGAGGGGAAGGUGUACCGGGGCUCGUACAUGGAGUCGGCGGCGUACAAUCCGAGCCUGGGGCCCGUGCAGGCGGCGAUCGUGGCGUACAUCGUCGGCGGCGGGGCCGGGUACGAGAGGAUCGUGGCGGCGGCGCUGGUGGAGAAGGAAGGGGUUCCGGUGAUGCAGGAGGCGACGGCGCGGCUGCUGCUGGCGACGGUGGCGCCCAAGUGCGAGCUCAAGGUCUUCCAUUGCCGAUCGAAGCGGCAAUGA